UAUCCUUGGAGGAAACUUAUGAAUUCUAUUGUAAAUCUAUUUUACAGCUUCUACAAUUAACAGAUAGUUUUAAAAUGCAAAAUGCCAUUUGUAUUUCUAAUGUAAAAUCAUGAUGAGUUAAGAUAUCGUUCAUUUUACAUAAAAAACAACCGUGCUUUGCGUUUCAGAACCAUUAAAAUUUAUCAACGCGAUACACCGAGUUUAAAUUUUACAUAAAAAAGCAACUUCAGAACCAUCUUUUCGUUCUUUGCCAGUUCUUUAUUUACGAGAAUGAUGUGGUCUUACAAAUGUAGUAUUAUACCUUAAUAUGUAAUAUAUUUAUUACUGUAUAUAACAUCCGUAUAUCCAUUGUGAUUAUUCUAUUUCUAGGUAUACACUACCUUAAUUGUUACCCGUCAUCCAUCAUUAAAACAAAAAUCAUUAAAGGACGGCCACCGUGCCAGUGACCACGGCCACGGUGACACAGUCACCGUACCAUAUAAGAAUAUUUGCUUCACUUGUAUAGAUUCAUUGUCGUAUACAAUAUACAGGAAACAUGUUCUUUGUUUUUGGAAUCGUUUUUCUAAAUAUAGACUUAUCUGCUCAUGCCGUUCAAACUUUAUACACGUUAUCCCCAUGUACAACUUUGCACAGUUUUCACCAUUUUGUUGGUAUAACCGUGGAGGAUUGCAUCUUGGAAUGUCGGCGUCGGACUUUAUGCGCAGCGGUUAACUACAACAACUACGUUAAACAUUGUGCCCUCAGGAAUAGUUCGGGACUAGCGCUUAGUGGGUUAGAACCUAAAUGGUGUUUUGAUGUUGUCGUAAACAACGAAACUAUCGAGCUGGAUGGACCAUGCAACGAAAAUCCUUGCAAUGAAACUUCCAUGUGCAUAGACUCUAGUAAGCCCCCGUUCUUUAGAUGUAUAAUAGUAUAUUGUAAAUCGGAAACAGAUAUUGUGAACGCUUCGUUUAGGAUUAAACCACUGAGUUCUGUGGGCGACAAAAAUGAGCUUGUUUGCGACAAAGGAUUUACUCCAAUAGGUCCAUCAUCUGUGACUUGCCUUAGUGACGGAAACUGGUCUUCUACGGAUUUUGAAUGUUUAAAGAAUUGCCCAUCUAUUCCGAUCAAAUCGUCUGCACUAGUUUCAUCGUGGUCAACGUAUAGGUUUGUUGAUAACACUAUCGCCACAUUUAAUUGCAAAAAUGGUUAUUAUAAUAUAACAGAUAGGACAAUAGUUUGUAACAAGACUGGCACAUGGUCUGAGUUCGAGUGUUUACCGUACUGCCACCAAACAGACAUCGUGCCGAUACCAAACGGUGGUCCAACACCCGGUAACAUCUAUACAAUUUUUGAGCAAGCCAAGUACAUGUGUAACAGCGGAUAUUAUUUGUCUGACGGUAUACCGGAAAUAACAUGCGGAAACGACGGGAAAUGGUCAGCGCCUCAAGUUGAAUGUUAUCCGUUUUGUCAACUUCCGGCAGUAGCAAAUGGGAUUUUUCAGAACCUACCAGCCCAACCUAUCAAGAAAGAUGUUUCUGUGACGUACACAUGUAACUCGGGAUACUAUACCCAUCCUGAUGUUUCCCAGCCAACUGCUGUAUGUCUGCUCACUGGCGAGUGGCAAUACGCUGCCGCAUGUUACAAAUAUUGUUCCGACGCACCCAACUACCGAUGGGAAAAAGUCGAAGGAUAUUCAACCGGGGCCCCGUAUAAAAUAGGAACAUCCGUUCAGUACAGAUGUGACACUAUAGCAAUGCAUUUUACUGGAAGUAAUGUCAGAAAUUGUAAAAGUGAUGGUUCGUGGGACGGAGAAGUCCAUUGCUGUGGACCAUGUUAUGAUUAUGAGAGAGGGAAGUGUAGAUGUUCAUGUUGGCCAUGCUGAGUCGUAAUGAAUUUAUAUCACUGAUUGCAUAUCUAUAACAGCUUAAAAUUUUACCAAAGUUUUACCACAUGUGAUAUAAUUAUACUCAUAUUGCAGAAAUUAACACGUGCAUUAAACGUUAUUGGUACAAAAUAUGUGAUGAAAAAGUGCCACACAAGAAAAACGAAACUUUCAAAGAGUACGUAAUACACACACACGGACACACACACACGAACGCACGCACGCACGCACUAACGCACACAACACAACUUCGACAUUUUCCAAAACCAUGAAAAUAUUACUUUUGAAAGUUUCAUUUUCCUUGUUAUUUUUAGCAUGUGACAUAUUAUAUAUAUACAUGUAUAUAUAUUGAUUUUAAUGCUUAGUAUUAAAUUUUUAAAGUUUUGUCGGUCCGUCUGUCAAUCCAUACAUAGAAAGACAUUACGGAGUAAAGUUUGAGAACUAUUUGACAUGAUGUUCAUUUUGUACAAACCGUCAAUAGUGCGACGUUUGAAGUUAAAUAGGUCAACAUAAGAUUCUAUCCCAAAAAAAGUAGAUUUUAUAUGCUAGCCAUUAGUAAGGUCAUAUUGCAUGAGCAGCUCCUGUCCGGAGUCCGGUAACCCUGCCUCCAUGCAACGACUGCUUGAAAACGGUCAAAAAGAUCAGUUAUUGGUCAAGCAGAUUUACAAGGUAUGGAUAUACGACUAAAUCAUAUGGCUGAUAGUAAAAUUUACCUUAAAAGGGGCCGAUUAGCACAGCUGCAUGAAUCUAGUGUUAGAAAAUCCUUUAACGUGUUUUCUCUCUAACUACUGCACCACACACACACACACACACGCACACACACACACACGCACGCACGCACGUACACACUUAUAUGAUAUAAUGUAGAAUGAAGGAAAUAUUCCCGAAUCCUCCAAUUGCGGCAUUUAGAAGUGAUAAUAACCUACAGGAUAUUCUUGUUCAUAAGAAACACAAUAAACUAUUUUUUCAACAGCCGAAUUCCUGUGCUCCUUGCAGAUCCAAAAAGUGUGCGAUUUGUCCGUACGUUAUUGAAGCAGACACAUUCAUUGGUUUGAACGGGGCCUCGUAUAAGGUUCGAAAUCAGAUAACGUGCAAAUCUACGAAUGUGGUGUAUGCAGUUUAUUGUAAGCGUUGCAAACGUUAUAUUUAUGUUGGAGAAACAGGGGAUACGUUGUACCAAAGACACCUUCUAAAUUUAUCCAGAAUACGAACCAAGUACAACGAUCCGUUAGCGGCGCAUUUUUACACGAACGACCACACAGUUAAUGAUUUUUUAAUAAUGGGGUUGGAAAAGCUAUACCGGAAUGACCAAUACAGAAAAACAAUAGAAAAUUUGUGGAAAAAUGAAUUAAGAACCUAUAGACCAUAUGGAGUUAAUACCAAAGAAUAACGCGGCAGUAAACAACGCCACGGCGGGCGUC